UUCCAAUCCAAUCCUCACCUCCCCACAAAGGACACAGCAAAUCAACACACACUAACUACCACUGAUUCCCACUAGUCAAAAAGAACUAUACCAACCCUCAUUAAAGUUGCUUUUUAUAAUAAGUGCCUAAAAGACACCAACUUUCCCAGUUCAAAUUUUCAAAUUCAAAUAGCCGUUGCUCCCAAUAAUAGCAUCAAAAUACUUGGGAAGAUGAAGAUAUGCAACCACACUCGCUGCAAGAUUCACUAAUCUCAUUAUAACCCCAUAAAGAUUACAUUUUUAUUCCUUUUCCUUUCCUUUUCAAACAAUUCCAAUCAGAAAGGGAACAGAAAUGGCGGGCUGCAAGAAAACCACAAUCUCACGUCAAUCUUCUUACACUUCUCUCUACCGCAAUCCCCUGAUUGAGCACAAACACCACCGCACCUCAAGUGAAGACGGUGGGGCCUCCCACAUUCGCCGGAGUUCAUCCUUCACCGGUGAUAAUAAAGAAAAUGCGGAGCCGAAUUUGAAACCAGGAAAAUUGCACUCUUUUGGCAGAGAAAAUGGCCCCCCUGAAGCUGCGAAAAAACCUGUCUUGAAAGAACCCCCGAGUGGAAAUUCACAAAUGAGGGACAGUUUGCUGAAAUCAUCUUCACUUGAGCUGUGUAUGAAAAUUAAUGAGCCGGAUUCGAUUAUCGGGUUGAAGAUGUGGGACACUGUUUACUCGGAUAAAUCGAGCUCGGCUAAUGCGUGGGACUAUUCUGAUUCGGAAUCUGCACCUGCUUCGUCCUGGUCGAAUUUGCCCAAUAGGUCUUUGUUGUGUAGGCCAUUGCCCGUGGAUGUUGGGAGAUGUACAUGUAUUAUAGUGAAAGAAUCAUCACCCAAUGGAUUUUUCUGUGGGACUUUGUACACUCUGUAUACUUAUGAGGGAAAGGGGCGGCAAAACCGCAAGCUUGCCGUGGCUCACCAUAGAAGGAGACGUGGGAAAUCGGAGUUCAUAAUCGCGCAAGAUGAAAAGGGCAUAAUGGCUAAGUCAGAUGACAGUUUGAUUGGGAUAGUCACUUCUAACAUAAUGGGCUCAAAGUAUCAUAUAUGGGACCAGGCACUAUGUCUAAAUUCCUUAGCCAAAAACCCCAAGUUACUGGCAGCUGUGAAUUUCACGCCGACUAUAUCGACUUGGACUGGAAAUUAUAGAAGCAUGAAGGCAUGGGUACCAAAGCACCAAUCCAUGCAGCUCAAGUAUACAAAUCAGAUACAACAUAUUAAUGGAUUGCCGGCAGAAUGGGAAGAAAACAAAGAUAGAGUUCAUCAGCUAUUCUCAAAAGUCCCUUCUUACAAUAAGUUUUCGAAGCAGUAUGAAUUAGAUUUCAGAGACAGAGGGAGGGCAAGCCUUAAAAUCAAGAGCUCAGUAAAGAACUUUCAACUAACUUUGGAAAGGAAUGGAAAACAAUCAAUCCUUCAACUGGGACGGUUGGGAAAGUCGAAAUACGUGAUGGAUUACAGAUAUCCUUUGACUGGUUAUCAAGCUUUCUGCAUGUGUUUGGCCUCCAUUGAUUCGAAACUCUGCUGCACCGUAUAAUUCAUCCAAGCCCAAGAAGUUCAUUCUCAGAACACAAGCUGUUUUAUUUCUUAGAAGAAAUCGAUUAAUAUUCUUUUGGUUUCUAGAGCUGUAUUUUGGUGUUUUGGGAGUUUAUUUUGAUGCAUUUUCCAAAGUGUAAGAAUUAAGGAAGAAGCAGAAGAAAGAGAACUUUGGGCACUAAAAUUAUUAAGCAAUAUUAUGUAGAUACAACAUGGGGGGUUCUGACUUCUGAGGGCCAAAAAUUCUCAAUUUUCAGGAGGAGGCAAUCUAAUCAUCGUUUA